AGCGCGUUAAACGAGAUGGAAUUUCAUAGGCAAAGAAUGAAUGAGUAUCUUUGUCAUGGCUACAUGGCAGAAGAAAUCUUCAAGGAAGUGAGCACGCCUAGACUGAAGCGAAAUCCGGAAUCUUUGUCAACCGACAAUUUGAAUCACAACUCCUUAAGCGACGACAAUGUUACAAUACACGAUAAACUUUUGGCUGAUGAAGGAAGCUCUAAAUAUAAAAACUGGCUGCAUCGAACAACGACACUGAACGAUGUGUAUCGCCACUAUGCCCCCCGCAAAAAAAUGAAAAAGAAACAAGAUGUCCAGCAGCACGACGACGACAUCGAGGAGUUCGAUGGUGAGGUGACGGGAUUCGCGAUGCAAGCUCCUCUGCCAUCGAAUGGAAAAGUGGGCGUCUAUGAACCAUCCCAUGAAGAUGACAUGAUGUUAUCGUCGACAGGGCAUCAUGCCUACCAUUACGGACCUUCGUUUAGCCAUCACCACAGCGGUCACAUUGGACAUCACAGUGACUUCUUUCCAUCCAUCCACGAGGAGUACUAUUAUCCGCAGCAUCAUCAUGAGCAUCAUGAGCAUCAUGAGCAUCAUGAAGAGGAAGAACAUAAACCCUCCUAUUCCAAGGGAAAGGGACAUGAACUGUCGAUUAAGGAUUUCUUCGAGAUCGCACUCACCGCACUUGCAUUUUUAGCAUUCGGACUGUUCGUUAUUCAACUUUGUAUGAAUGCCACGGACAAUACCAAUGGCAGUAGACGAAUGAAGAGACACACGAUUUCGCUCUCCUCGUCUGUCAUUAGCAACAAGGACUUAAACGAGCUGUCCUAUCGCGUUUUGCGGUCCAUCGAAGCAGCUAUGGUCGCCGAAGCGGACUCCGGCGAUUGUCUGCGCAGGAUACUAUGUGAGGAUAAUCAAUAUUCCAAGGAGACUAAAGACGAUCGCAGAAUUUUGAUUCCCGUUUGGAGCUUGGGCAUGAGUUGGUUGUCGGGCAGAAUGCUAUACAGGACUCCAUGGUCGGCAAUGUUGGAUUCUGUGAAGGCAUCUAUUCUAGGCUUGGGUGGAGUCGACUGCGCCUCUUUCUAUCCGAAGUGCGAUCUCGAGAGGGAAAGGAUUAAGAGGCGCAGCAGAAAACGGAAAUAA